UUCGUUUGUUAACGAGUAGAAAGUGAAAAAUUAAAAUUAAAGUUAGUGAAAAUAUGACUCAAUCGAAGGAGCUUUCUUAACUGAACUUCAAGUUAUAAGCCAGCAUUAGAUUGGUUCACAAACAAAAGUUAACCGCAACCUAAGGCAAGCCAAGCAGCCAUCUGAGCCGGGGCCAAGAUGUCGUCGGUUAAGGUAGCGGUGCGUGUGCGCCCGUUCAACUCGCGGGAGAUCGCACGGGAGUCGAAAUGUAUCAUCGAGAUGAGUGGCGCCACCACGGCGAUUACUAAUCCUAAGGUGCCGCCCAACACAAGUGAGUCGGUGAAGCGAUUCAACUUUGAUUACUCCUACUGGUCACACGAUCCACGUGAUCUUGAUUUUUCCACACAAUCCAUGGUCUACAAGGACAUUGGCGAGGAGAUGUUACAGCACUCCUUCGAUGGCUACAAUGUGUGCAUUUUUGCCUAUGGCCAGACUGGUGCUGGCAAGUCCUACACCAUGAUGGGCAGACAGGAGGAGCAGCAGGAGGGCAUUAUACCCAUGAUUUGUAAGGAUUUGUUUGGUCGCAUUCAAGAUACCGAAACCGAUGAGCUCAAAUACUCGGUGGAGGUCUCUUAUAUGGAAAUCUAUUGUGAGCGCGUCAGAGAUCUCUUGAAUCCCAAGAACAAGGGUAACUUGCGGGUGCGGGAACAUCCUCUCUUGGGUCCCUAUGUGGAGGAUCUUUCCAAAUUAGCCGUCACCGACUACCAGGAUAUACACGACCUCAUUGACGAGGGUAAUAAGGCGCGUACGGUGGCUGCCACCAACAUGAACGAGACAAGCUCGCGGUCCCAUGCGGUUUUCACCAUCUUUUUCACACAACGUCGCCACGAUACUAUGACCGACUUGACAACCGAAAAGGUGUCCAAGAUAAGUCUGGUGGAUUUGGCCGGCUCGGAACGUGCUGAUUCCACUGGAGCUAAGGGAACUCGCUUGAAGGAGGGCGCCAACAUCAAUAAAUCACUGACUACAUUGGGCAAAGUCAUUUCUGCUCUAGCGGAGGUGGUUUCAAAGAAAAAGAACUCAAAGAAAGCUGAUUUUAUUCCGUAUCGUGACUCGGCCUUGACCUGGUUGCUUCGUGAGAAUCUAGGUGGCAAUUCCAAGACGGCUAUGAUCGCUGCUAUCUCGCCAGCUGACAUUAAUUACGACGAGACCCUCAGUACUCUACGCUAUGCUGAUCGUGCCAAGCAAAUUGUCUGCAAGGCUGUUGUCAAUGAGGAUGCGAAUGCAAAACUUAUACGGGAGCUCAAAGAGGAAAUUCAGAAACUUCGCGACCUGCUCAAGGCCGAGGGCAUUGAGGUGCAAGAAGAGGACGAGAUUACCAAGUCGACGGUUAUUAAGUCGCCCACCAAAGGACGCAAUCGUAAUGGUUCCACCACGGAGAUGGCAGUGGAUCAGCUGCAAGCCAGCGAGAAGCUUAUUGCAGAACUUAAUGAAACCUGGGAGGAGAAACUCAAACGCACUGAGGAAAUACGUUUGCAGCGCGAAGCAGUCUUUGCCGAAAUGGGAGUGGCCGUUAAGGAGGAUGGCAUCACAGUUGGAGUUUUCUCACCCAAGAAGACCCCGCAUCUGGUGAAUCUCAACGAAGAUCCCAAUUUGUCAGAGUGCCUGCUCUAUUACAUUAAGGAUGGUUUAACGCGUCUUGGCACACAUGAGGCUAAUGUGCCACAGGACAUUCAGCUGUCUGGUUCGCACAUCUUAAAGGAACAUUGCACUUUUGAGAAUCGAAAUAGCACCGUUACUUUGUUGCCUCACAAGGAUGCCAUAAUUUUCAUCAAUGGACGCAAGUUGGUCGAGCCAGAGGUGCUCAAGACUGGCUCUCGUGUCAUUCUGGGCAAGAACCAUGUGUUCCGCUUCACCAAUCCGGAACAGGCUCGCGAGCUGCGCGAAAAAAUUACUGAAAACGAGGCCGAGAACGAGGUAGAAAAGGCCGAUACACAGCAGGUGGAUUGGAACUUUGCGCAGUGUGAACUCUUGGAGAAACAGGGCAUUGAUCUUAAGGCUGAGAUGAAGAAACGUCUCGACAAUCUUGAGGAGCAAUAUAAGCGAGAGAAACUUCAAGCCGAUCAGCAGUUCGAGGAGCAACGCAAGUCCUACGAGGCUCGCAUUGAUGCUCUGCAAAAGCAGGUGGAAGAACAAUCCAUGACCAUGUCCAUGUACAGCAGCUACUCACCCGAGGAUUUUCAUCAGGAGGAGGACGUUUACACUAAUCCGAUGUACGAGUCCUGCUGGACAGCACGAGAGGCAGGGUUGGCGGCUUGGGCUUUCCGCAAGUGGCGCUAUCAUCAGUUUACUUCACUGCGUGACGAUCUUUGGGGCAAUGCCAUAUUCCUUAAGGAGGCAAAUGCCAUUUCCGUGGAGCUCAAGAAGAAGGUACAAUUCCAAUUUACCCUUUUGACCGACACUCUGUACUCACCGCUACCCCCGGAGCUGGCCUCAAGUGUGGCGCCUCUGCAGCAAGAUGACGAGUAUGGAGCACCACCAGUUUCCAAGACUCUGGUCGCUGUGGAGGUUACUGACACAAAGAAUGGAGCUACACAUUAUUGGUCACUGGAGAAGCUACGCUAUCGCCUCGAGUUGAUGCGACAAGUGUACAAUGUCGAGAGCCCGCCAUCAUCGAUGCUAUUCGAUACGUCCAGCAUUGAGGCAAGCGGCAAUGGACUCACUCUGACCGAGAUGCCACCACCACUUACCCUUUCCAUGCAGUACACACAGACUCAGCCCCAAUCUCAGAUGAUGUUGGAGCAGCCAGAGCUGAAUGUGAGGGACCGUCAGGCAUCCCCAUCGCGUUUGACAUUGGCGAAUCUGAUACCUUCUAGACAACGAUUAGAGCUAAUGCGUGAAAUGUAUCACAAUGAAGCGGAGCUGAGUCCAACCUCACCCGAUUACAAUGUGGAGAGUCUAACUGGUGGCGAUCCAUUCUAUGAUCGCUUCCCCUGGUUCCGCAUGGUCGGUCGGUCGUUUAUUUACCUGAGCAACUUGCUCUAUCCCGUUCCAUUGGUCCACAAGGUGGCCAUUGUUAACGAACGCGGCGAUGUGCGCGGAUAUCUUCGUAUUGCUGUACAACCAGUUUUGGAUGAGGAAUCGAUUGAAUUCAACAAUGGCGUCAAACAGUCUGCUCGUUUAGUAUUCAAUGAGGACGAUGCCAAGCCCAAGUAUCGUGCUCUCAAUGAGAAGGAUGAUGUGCAGCGUUAUAUUGACAAUGGAGGAAUCGACAGCAAGCUUGAGGAACUUGAAGAUGCCGACUCUGGUCGCGGUAUUGAUUCUAACUCGGCCUCCGAGUGUCAAGAAAAUGCCGAAGAGCCGGGUGAGCACUUACAGGUGGGCAAGGAGUUCACUUUCCGAGUUACCGUGCUGCAGGCAACAGGCAUUGGCGCGGAAUAUGCAGACAUUUUCUGUCAGUUCAACUUUUUGCAUCGCCAUGAGGAAGCUUUCUCGACGGAGCCUGUAAAGAACUCGGCAUCUGGAGCUCCACUGGGUUUCUACCAUGUGCAGAAUAUUACUGUGCCCGUGACAAAGUCAUUUAUUGAGUACUUGAAGACACAGCCAAUCAUGUUUAAGAUCUUUGGACAUUAUCAGACUCAUCCACUGCACAAGGAUGCCAAGCAGGAGUUCGUUUCUCGUCCACCACCAAGACGCAUGCUGCCACCAAGCAUACCAAUAAGUCAGCCAGUGCGCAGUCCCAAAUUCGGACCGCUGCCCUGUCCGCCAUCCUCGACAGUCUUGGCGAAGCAUGAUGUGCUGGUGUGGUUCGAGAUCUGUGAGCUGGCACCAAAUGGAGAAUAUGUGCCAUCGGUGGUCGAGCACAGUGAUGAUCUUCCCUGUCGUGGACUCUUCCUGUUGCAUCAAGGCAUUCAGCGUCGCAUUCGCAUCACCAUUGUGCAUGAGCCCACACCCGAGGUGAAGUGGAAGGACAUAAACGAGUUGGUCGUUGGUCGCAUUCGCAAUACACCCGAGUCCUCGGAUGAGCAGGACGAGGAUGCUUGUGUGCUGUCGCUAGGCCUCUUCCCCGGCGAGGUCUUGGAUGUGCCUGGCGAUGAUCGCUCAUUCUAUCGCUUCGAGGCUGCUUGGGAUUCUAGUCUGCACAACUCUGCGCUUCUCAAUCGGGUCUCGCAAGGCGGUGAAACCAUCUACAUUACACUCAGCGCCUAUUUGGAGCUGGAGAACUGUGCGCGACCUGCCAUCAUCACCAAGGAUCUGAGCAUGGUUAUCUAUGGACGUGAUGCACGCACUGGACCGCGCUCAUUGAAACAUCUGUUUUCGGGACAAUAUCGCAAUCCGGAAGCCAAUCGUCUGUCAGGCGUCUAUGAGUUGUCGCUGCGCAGAGCAUCCGAAGCAGGUAGUCCAGGUGUACAACGUCGUCAGCGUCGUGUGCUUGACACCAGCUCCACAUAUGUGCGGGGUGAAGAGAAUCUACAUGGCUGGCGGCCACGAGGCGACUCUCUGAUCUUCGAUCAUCAGUGGGAGUUGGAGAAGUUGACGCGUCUGGAAGAAGUGGGCCGUAUGCGUCAUUUGCUGUUGCUGCGCGAACGUUUGGGCAUGGACACCAAUCCCAAUCCGACCACUAAAACUGAAAAGGAUGUGUGCAAUCUGGCGGCACGUGCUGCUACCUCGCCAGUGCACAUGGUCAUACCACAGUCGCCGCAGACUCCCGUCAAGGAUCCACAGCAGAUCAUGCCCGAGCGCGAGUACAAUCAACGUGAGCAGGAACUUAUGCUCAAGUGCUUGAAACUGGUGCAAGGCCGUUACAACAGGGUUGACCCGAAUGAACCACAGUCCCAGACAGAUGUCUCUCCUAGUGAUGAGGGCUGUGCUGACAUGACCGUUAGCUGUAUCUCUAGCAACUCCAUGGAAAACCACAAAUUUGUAAUUCGACACAGAUUAUGCUCUCCAGAUCGUGCCGAUGCACCAAAUGGUUGGGAAGCUCCUGCGCCGGCAACUCAGCCGGCACUGCCUUUGCGCUUAUACGUUCCAGAACUGGAGGAGAUUCGUGUUAGCCCAGUCGUAGCACGUAAAGGUCUAUUGAAUGUCCUGGAGCAUGGGGGUUCCGGCUGGAAGAAGCGCUGGGUGAUUGUACGUCGUCCUUAUGUAUUUAUCUAUCGCUCUGAAAAGGAUCCCGUUGAGCGGGCCGUCUUAAAUCUGGCCACAGCUCAUGUGGAGUGCAGCGAGGAUCAGGCGGCAAUGGUUAAGAUACCCAACACAUUCAGCGUGGUGACCAAGCAUCGAGGCUACCUGCUGCAAACACUCGGGGACAAAGAGGUUCACGACUGGCUCUAUGCCAUUAAUCCAUUGUUGGCCGGGCAAAUCAAAUCACGGCUGGCGCGUCGCACUUUGGAGCCGGCUUCGCAGACAGCUUCACAGAUUCAGGCCAGCAGCGUGGUGAAUCAAAACGCAGCGAAUAAAUGAGAUACAAUUACGAUGGAAUCCGUUUUGGUUUACUGAAACGCAGGCUAUGGCUGGCUGCAGCGACUGGGCAUGACCAGGCGACUGAUUCGCCGGCAGACAAAUGAUAUGUAGCAGCAGGAUUCCAUCGUUCAACGAUGUAUUGUGAAAAGUGAAUGAACAUAAACAAAAACCAAAAAACAGAACAAACAGUCAAAACAAAACAAAUCCAAAAAAAUGCAAAGCGUACGUAAUAAUUAAGUAGAACAACAUGAUUAUUGACAAUUGUAAUUUGAUUGUAAUUAUUUUUUUAGUCUUCAAUUUGCCAGACAGGCGAAAAGUAGGCAAUGGAAAGAACGCCAAACGGCAACCGAAUAACAAUGCCACAGAAUUUGUAGCAUAUUUUCAGGCGCAGUAUGUAAACUGUCUUACUUAUCCAUUGGUAUUACGUUUUAGUACCAUUUUUAUGUUACAGACAGAUCAUAUGUUUUGUAAAUAGCUUACGUUUCUGAAUUGUAUAAAUAUUAUCAUUAGUUAUCUAAUUAUUUGCCCAACACAUUAUUUAUUUUCCAAGUGAUAUUAUGUUGAAUACAAACAAAAUUCAUAAUUACUCUGUUAGUCUCACGGUAAAUGCUUAAAAGACGAGGACAACAAAGACACACACACAUACAUACAUAUAUGAAUUUUAAAGGAGCAACUUAAGCAAACAUAUAUACUUCAUAUUAUAUAUAAAGAAAUAUAUAUAUUUACAUAAAUAUAUAUAAACAAUAUUGUAUAAAACAUAUAUAUUUGCUGUUUAUACACAAAUUUUCAACAAUCUACAAUGUAUGUUUAAUUAGUUACACAAAGGAAAAAUAACAAAACGCAGACAAGCAAAUAUAUGAAAUUGCAAUUACAAACAUAUAUAAGGACAUCUAUUUAUAUAGUAAUAUAUAUGUGUGUUAGCGAAGACCGUUCAGUAUAUAGGAUGUAGUGAGAAGAGAGAUGACAAAGGUGAGGUUUAAAGUAAGCGUAAGCUCAGCAAAAUUGCGAAAACCGAUUAUGAUUACGAUUAAUUUGAUAAAGAAAACAAAAAACUUUAGAAAUACUUAAUACUCUAUAUGUAUGCAAACAACAAGAUCGCCACGAAAAGAGUUAUAAACAAUGUAAAUGGCACUGCAAUAUAUACAACAAACAAAAAUGAAGCAGAAACAAUUGAAGAAAAGAAAAACAAAAAAUUAUGAAAAAUCCUUUAAAUGAUGCAUGUAGUAAAGUCAAUCGAAAAUUGGCUGCUUUGAAGCUUUUCAGUUUAAUUUACCCCUUCUCUGUCAUUAUUGAUGUAUCUAACUGUUGUUAUGCUUUUCUCGAUUACGAUUAAUAUUUCGUAUUCAAAAGAACCACCUGCAAAAUGCUUAAAGCGAUCAAAAAUAAUUAAAUGUAGUUUUGAUAAUAAUUGUAAUCGAAAAUGCAAGGCCACCUGUAAAUUUCUAAGAAACUUCGAAAAUGCAAUGCGCUUAAAAUGCAAUAUAUAUUCGCAAUACUAUUAUCAGAUCCCAAAUCUACUAACAUACUUACUAAAAACAAAAUCCAUAAUUGAAAUUAACGUACGACAUUUAUUUGCAUUUGCUUCGAACAUGGCACGAGCUUAAGUCGGGAAGGACGGCGGGCAAAAUAUGUAAAAUAUACGUAUGUAUAUUGCUGAGGGGCCAGAACAUUGGGAUGACUUGUCACCAGUGAUAAGUGAUAUCCCAGAUUGUUGGAUGAGCUCGCUUUCGUUUGUUUCCAUUGAAAAGGAAACAGUUAAAGGUACGUUAAGCGGGCUGGAAGGGUCAAGUUUAAGUUUGUAGCGAAAUGUAAACAUUUGUUAAACUAUUAUUAAUAAUUAUUUCGAAUUGUAACAUAUUAGAGAAUUGUAAUUACAAUAAUCAUACAUUUACUUACCACACUAUUCGCUGAUUAAUGUAAUACCUUACAUGAUAUGCACAUCCAGUAAAUGCGAUUACGGAAAAGCAGCAGAAAGAGAGCUAAAUUUAUUAGCAAAUCGAGCAAACACUUCACUUAUACUGCAAAUUCGAGUACAAUACUUACUCGAAAAAUAUAUUUGAAAUUCAAUAUGAAACUAUAUAUAUAUAAAAUAUAAAUAUAUAUAAAUGAAUAAAUAUAUAUAUAUAUAUAUAAUAUAUAUUUAACUCGGGUACGUAAACGGAAAACAAAUACAAAAAAAAAUCAAAGAAAAUUAAACACGGAACAAAGUAAUGUAGCAAAGGAAUAACGUUUAUGGAUUCGGUUUAUCAAUGCGGAGAUGUACACCCAAUGAAUGCGGCAAACAAUAUGAAUUCUAUGCUAUCUGUAUGUAUAACCCAAACAAAAAUGAUAUAUGCCAGAGCGUAUCAAUAUUAAAGAAUUAUAAAUUAAAACGGCUUUAAAUAAAAACUGUAA